UUGUCAUUUUCUCAUUUCCCAAGAAAGAAAGAAAGAAUUGUUUUAACCAUGAAGUAACAUUCCUCAUCCUCCUCCCUCUCCCCUCUCCCCUCUCUGCGUUGAGAUCUCUCGUGAACAGACAAAGUUGCCAGCUUCCCAGCUUCAUCUUCCCGAUCGCUUCUAACCCUUAAUGGAUCUCGCGGCGGAGGAGCUUCAAUUUCUCAGCAUCGGAGGCAUACUCCGUGAAUCCACCACGAUCCCCAAAUUCUCCCCGAGAACAUUCUACCUCAUAACCCUAACCCUAAUCUUCCCUCUCUCCUUCGCCAUCCUCGCUCACUCCCUCUUCACCCAACCCAUCCUGAACCAGCUCGACGCUUCUCCUCCCUCCGCCGACCAGUCCCAGACCAACCACCAAUGGACUCUCCUCUUCGUCUACCAAUUCAUCUACAUCAUCUUCCUCUUCGCCUUCUCCCUCCUCUCCACCGCCGCCGUCGUCUUCACCGUCGCGUCUCUCUACACCAGCAAACCGGUGUCUUUCUCCUCCACAAUGUCGGCCAUCCCUCUCGUUCUCAAACGUCUCUUCAUCACGUUCCUCUGGGUUUCCCUCUGUAUGCUCGUCUACAACUCCGUCUUCUUGAUGUUUCUCGUGAUCUUGAUCGUGGCCAUCGAUCUACAGAGCGUGAUCCUCGCUGUCUUCUCGAUGGUUGUGAUCUUCGUUCUGUUUCUUGGCGUUCAUGUUUACAUGACCGCUUGGUGGCAUUUAGCUAGCGUCGUCUCUGUUCUCGAGCCUGUCUAUGGGAUCGCCGCGAUGAGGAAGAGCUAUGAGUUGCUUAAAGGAAGGACUCACAUGGCGUGUUCCAUGGUGUUUAUGUAUCUUGCUCUCUGCGGGUUCAUCGCUGGUGUUUUCGGAGGUGUGGUGGUUCGUGGAGGAGAUGAUUUCGGGUUGUUUGCGAGGAUUGUUGUUGGAGGGUUCUUGGUUGGUGUGUUAGUCAUUGUGAAUCUUGUUGGGUUGCUUGUGCAGAGUGUGUUUUACUAUGUCUGCAAGAGCUUUCACCAUCAGGCCAUUGAUAAGUCCGCGUUGCACGAUCAUCUUGGUGGGUAUCUUGGUGACUAUGUGCCUUUGAAGAGCAGUGUUCAGAUGGAGAAUUUUGACAUUUGAAUAAUCAAAUGAAAGGAUAAGUUGUAAUGUUUGUAAUGCUUUAUAGUGUUUGUUGUUAUAGCUUUUGUCUUAAUUAAUCUGGGGGAUAAGACUGAUAUUGCAGAUUUGUGUCUGUUCCCUGUAAUCUUUGUAGUGUGUUUUUUGUUCCAAAUUGGAAGGUUAAUGAAAUAAAAGUUGUUACUAGACA